CAAAGAAUUGCGACUGCCAUGGAGUAAACCACUGACAAACAUCUGCUGCAACAGCGCCAAGCGUCAAUGUGGUGUUACGACUGCAGUAUUUCACGGGGAGAUGCAGCAACCAACUUGGACGUUGUUCCAGGUGAUGGGACAAGUGGUGGCAAAAAUUCUGGCAUCUCAACCAUCCCUGUGGAUCUGGGCUUGAAGGAGGCAAAGCUGAAGAAAAGCAACUCCAAGAAAGGUGAUGAAUUUGAAGCGAUGGACCCGAAGACUUAUAGCUCGCCAACGCACGAGCUGCUGAAAAUGAAGGUAGAAACCGGCAGGGGUCCUAUGUCGAACGAAACAUUCAGGGCCUUGAUCAAGUCAACGACCAUGAGGGAUACCAAACUCCAAGAUCCUGAACUGGUCGUAGAGCAGGUGGAUCUUAAUGGUGAUUUGAGACGAUGGAGCUGCACACGAUGCUGCCUGGAGGAAGCAGAUUCAGAGCGCUGCGACAGAAGUCUUUGGAGUUGGGCGCUGCGAUUCUUAUGCUUCCUGGUGCUGUGCACAUUGAGUUUCAUCACUAUGGUGGCCGUCCUUGGAAAUCAGGUGGGCGAUGAACUGACCAUCGAGGUUCAUCAGGAAUGGGUGGGCACUCCCGACAAUCUGGUGGAUGCGCUCCGGGCUGAAUGUGUUGACCUACAAAGACAGGCGACAGCUUUCAUUGGAGCAAUCGAAGAGUACAAUCGCCAGCAAGGCUUUCGGCAGGUCACUUUCACCACUCGAGAGCGACAAAAGCAGGCUUCUGCGAUGUAUCUACCCAGCACUGGACCAGCCAGAGUAGUGGUGGUGCAUGGACGAAGACAGCAUGGCCUUUCGAGCUCAGCACAAACUGCUGGCUACCUUCUCCGCUUGAUGGGAAUCAGUUCAUUGAUCAUCACCGAUCUCACAUCAGUGCGAGAAAACGUCAGCGAUUGGCUUGCAGAUGAGCUGACCAUCCUGGGUGCUUGGGACUAUGUAGUGGCCGAUCCAGAUAGCCUUCUUGGUGGUGCAGUCAAUCCACAGGAAGUUGGGCUCAUAGGUUUCGAUUUCGGUGGCUUCAGCGUUCAGCGUGCCUUCGCCCAAGAGCCGCAGAUCCCAGCAAUUCUGUUGGAUGGAGUGGUACACAAUUUCAAGGUGCUAAUGAAUGCAAAGGUGCAAGAAGUUUUUGAGCUCGUGCCGGGCCUGCAACCUUUAUUCACAUCCCAGGUGCAAAGUCGCUGUGAGUUAAAUCUGCAAAAAAGAGUGGACGAGGUGUCAAGCCUCGCCGACGAUUUUGCCCAAAGAAGCACAGCGAAUAAGUCCUAUAUUGGAAUGAUGCGUUCCAGCGAGGACGCAGUGAUCCCUGAUGGGGCCACACAAGCUGCUGAAUUGAGACUGUCUGCACAGAGCUUGCCUUCAGACUCAAUUCUCUUGGACUGGACCACAACAUUUUCUGGACCGAAAAGCGAUGCUUGUUGGGAACAACGUGCGCUGCAUCUCUCAAGGACCCAAGAGUACCAAACGCAAUUGUGCGCGUUCUUCUCCAGAGCUCUGGAAGUGAGAGUAAACUGCACAGCAGUGGGAUUUGCAUUGGAUGCUCUGUGAAACAAUGGCGCCUGGCCUUGCAGGAUUUGGCCGUCUUGGGCUGACUGAGCCCCGCAGCCUGAGUCUGUGAAGCCAAGGCCUAGGAUUCAUUCGGAUUCAACGUGUUGCAGCGGAUUGCAGCGGAUUCAUGUGGAUUCCUUAGACUUUUACAAAGGUUCCCAG